CUGAGAGAGAAGAGCAACUCUAUUUCAUCUCUGAGCAAACAUAAAUUAUAGACAGAGUUCGGAGAAGAGUGAGGGAAUCUCUAAUUCUCUAUGCGUACGUUUCAGUGAAUCUGAAAAAAAAAUGCGCACAUUAGCACUGACUCCUCUAUGCUUCUUCCUUGCCUUCGAUCAGUAACGUCUUACUCUCCUCUUCUUCACUACCAUUACAACCAUGCCAACCUUUCUCAUCCUCGUGCUAUUGUGCGCACGCUUCUUAUCAUGCGCCCAGUGCGGCUCCGUGACGGAGAUCCAAGCCUUAACGUCGUUGAAGCUCAACCUCCAUGACCCUCUUGGCGCACUCAACGGUUGGGAUCCGUCAACUCCGUUAGCUCCGUGCGACUGGCGUGGAGUUUCAUGCAAAAACGACCGAGUCACCGAGUUACGCUUGCCUCGCCUUCAACUCAGUGGCCAACUCGGUGACCGACUUUCAGACUUACGCAUGCUCCGAAGGCUAAGCCUCCGUUCCAACUCCUUCAACGGCACCAUUCCUCACUCGCUCUCCAAAUGCACGCUCCUACGCGCCUUGUUCUUACAGUACAACUCGCUCUCUGGCCAACUUCCGCCGGAGAUCGGAAACCUCGCCGGCCUCCAGAUUCUCAAUGUCGCCGGUAACAAUCUCUCCGGCGAAAUCUCCGGCGAACUUCCUCUCCGUCUUAAAUACAUCGACAUUUCCGCGAAUUCUUUCUCCGGCGAGAUUCCGAGCACUGUGGCGGCUCUUUCCGAACUUCAGCUUAUCAACUUUUCCUAUAACAAAUUCUCCGGCCUGAUUCCGGCGCGUAUAGGAGAGCUUCAGAAUCUGCAAUACCUUUGGCUCGAUCAUAACGUUCUUGGAGGAACCUUACCUUCGUCUCUCGCGAAUUGUUCCUCGCUCGUGCAUUUAAGCGUUGAAGGGAACGCGCUCGCCGGCGUGUUGCCGGCGGCAAUUGCUGCUCUCCCUAACCUUCAGGUGCUGUCCCUCGCGCAGAACAAUUUCACCGGGGCAAUUCCCGCUUCCGUUUUCUGUAACGUCUCGCUCAAAACGCCGUCGCUCCGCAUCGUUCAGUUAGAGUUUAAUGGUUUCACCGACUUCGCGUGGCCUCAAGCCGCCACAACGUGUUUCAGCGUUCUCGAAGUUUUCAACAUUCAGCGCAAUCGCGUGGGCGGCAAGUUUCCGCUGUGGUUAACCAAUGUCACCACGCUGUCCGUCCUCGAUGUUUCCGGCAAUGCGCUCUCCGGCAAAAUUCCGCCGGAAAUUGGACGCCUCGAGAAACUGGAGGAGUUGAAGAUAGCCAACAAUUCAUUUUCCGGGGAGAUUCCGCCGGAGAUCGUGAAAUGCAGGUCCCUGCGUGCUGUUGUUUUUGAAGGUAACAGGUUUUCCGGUGAGGUUCCUUCGUUUUUCGGUAGCCUUACACGGCUGAAGGUUCUGUCUCUUGGUGUGAACAAUUUUUCUGGUUCUGUUCCAGUGAGUAUUGGUGAGCUUGCGUCUCUUGAAACGUUGAGUUUAAGGGGUAAUAGGUUGAAUGGUACAAUGCCAGAGGAGGUGAUGUGGUUGAAGAAUUUGACAAUAUUAGACCUCAGUGGAAACAAAUUUUCGGGUCAUGUUUCUGGUAAAAUUGGGAACCUGAGUAAAUUAAUGGUUCUGAAUCUGAGUGGCAAUGGCUUCCACGGAGAAAUUCCUUCUACUUUGGGGAAUCUUUUCCGUCUCGCUACACUUGACUUGAGCAAACAAAAUCUCUCUGGUGAAUUGCCCUUUGAAAUUUCAGGGCUUCCCAGUUUGCAAGUCAUUGCUCUUCAAGAGAACAAGUUGUCUGGGGUGAUCCCUGAAGGGUUUAGCAGCUUGACCAGUUUGAAACACGUGAACCUAAGCUCUAACGAUUUUUCUGGGCAUGUCCCCAAGAACUAUGGCUUUCUUCGAUCUAUGGUUGUUCUUUCACUAUCCCAUAACCGCAUCACAGGAAUGAUUCCCCCGGAAAUUGGAAACUGCUCUGACAUUGAAAUUCUCGAGCUUGGAUCAAAUUACUUGGAGGGUCCAAUUCCCAAAGAUCUCUCUAGCCUUGCCCAUUUGAAAAUGCUUGAUUUGGGUAAGAACAAUUUAACUGGAGUUUUGCCUGAGGAUAUCUCCAAAUGCUCAUGGUUAACUGUUUUGUUAGCAGAUCACAACCAACUCUCUGGUGCUAUACCAGAGUCAUUGGCAGAGUUAUCAUACCUAACAAUACUGGAUCUCUCUGCCAACAAUUUGAGUGGGGAAAUCCCAAGUAAUCUGAACACAAUCCCUGGUUUGGUUAACUUCAAUGUCUCGGGUAACAACUUAGAAGGUGAGAUUCCAGCGAUGUUGGGUUCUAAAUUCAACAACCCUUCUGUAUUUGCAAACAACCAGAACCUAUGUGGGAAGCCAUUGGAUAAAAAAUGCGAAGAAACAGACAGUGGGGAGAGAAAUAGGUUGAUAGUGUUGAUCAUUAUCAUCGCAGUUGGAGGUUGCUUAUUGGCACUAUGUUGCUGCUUCUACAUUUUCAGCUUACUAAGAUGGCGCAGAAGGAUCAAAGCGGCAGUGUCCGGGGAGAAGAAAAAGAGUCCAAGAACGAGUUCCGGAACAAGCCAGAGCCGUAGCAGCACCGACACAAACGGUCCAAAACUCGUCAUGUUCAACACCAAGAUCACUCUCGCGGAAACAAUCGAAGCAACGAGGCAAUUUGACGAAGAAAACGUGCUGAGCAGAACAAGACACGGGUUGGUAUUCAAAGCCUGCUACAACGACGGAAUGGUCUUUUCCAUUCGCAAGCUCCAAGAUGGGUCAUUAGACGAAAACAUGUUCAGAAAAGAAGCAGAGUCCUUGGGCAAAAUCAGGCACCGAAAUUUAACAGUUCUCAGAGGCUACUACGCUGGUUCACCAGAUGUUAGACUCUUGGUAUACGAUUACAUGCCCAAUGGAAACCUCGCAACGUUGCUCCAAGAAGCUUCUCAUUUAGAUGGGCAUGUUUUGAAUUGGCCAAUGCGACACCUCAUUGCACUAGGAAUUGCUCGCGGCAUAGCGUUUUUGCACCAAUCUUCACUUAUCCACGGUGACAUCAAACCCCAAAACGUGCUUUUUGAUGCAGACUUCGAAGCCCAUUUAUCAGAUUUCGGGCUUGACAAGUUAACAGUUACCAACAACAACAACAACAACAAUGCAGUUGAAGCCUCUACUUCAAGCACGGCUUCCGUUGGCACGUUGGGUUACGUGUCACCGGAAGCUACUUUAACCGGGGAAGCCACGAAGGAGUGUGACGUGUACAGCUUCGGCAUCGUGUUGCUGGAGCUUCUAACCGGGAAGAGGCCCGUGAUGUUCACACAGGACGAGGAUAUUGUUAAGUGGGUGAAGAAGCAGCUUCAGAAGGGGCAAAUUACGGAGUUAUUAGAGCCUGGUUUGUUUGAACUUGACCCAGAGUCUUCUGAAUGGGAAGAGUUUCUGUUGGGUGUGAAAGUGGGCUUGCUUUGCACAGCACCGGAUCCUCUUGAUCGUCCAACCAUGUCUGAUAUUGUGUUCAUGCUCGAAGGUUGUCGUGUUGGACCCGAUAUUGCUUCCUCCGCUGAUCCCACCACCCAACCUUCUCCUGUCUAACCCAGAAAACGAACAGGUGUCUGAGUUUACAACAUCAUUCAACCAAUUGAAUUAAACAACAUUUUGAUAAGACAGACAUGUGUCUGCUGAAGUUUAACAUUUUUCUUUCGGAAAAUAACUUUAUUUUGCGACUUUAGAAAUGAAACAGUAGCUCUUAGUUGUUUCUUGUGUUCUUAGCUGGAGUGGAAUUCUUUCUGCAUGAAAAAAAGAAGAAAAAGAAACAUCUCUUAUGCAGUUUGGAGUAUGGACACUUGGUGUUUUGCUUCAAGUGGAGGAGAACUUGGAAUCUGAGGUGGCAGUGUGAGGACCACUGGUGAUGUCAAUGUCUUUUUGACACGUAGGAUCAUGUGAAAACUUUGUGGUAUCUGAGGUUGAUUCUGUUACCAAGGAUAGAGUGUCGUGGAAUGUUUAUGGGUAUACGAGUUUCUUGAUGCUACACGUGGCUCUCACUGUUAUCGUAAUUGUAGUGAGAAAAAAAAUGGAAAGAAAGGAUUAGAAGUCUCAAUUAUUAGGCAGUGUUUAGAGUGGGUCCUGAUUUAUUUGAUUUGGAUUAUUGCAAUGUGAUCUGUCAUGUUGACCAUUUUUUUGGUUUUGGGCGUGAAUCAGGAACAGGAUUUAGGAAGGAAAAAGUAAUCAUUUGUCACUGACUUUUGCUCUGUUCUUUCAAUUUAAUUAUUCUAUUUCUUUA